AUGUGCAGAAAGGAAAGAGAAAGAAUUCAAAGAGAGCAAAAGCACUUCAGCAAAGAAGUGGAAGAUAUGAAAAGAGUCCGCGAAGAACUGCGCCAAACAAAAAGACAAACUGCUAGGAACUACCACUACUGGCUGGCGAGGAGAAACGAGUUCGCUCUGGAGACGGCGCAGGAGAAAAGGCAGGCAGAAGAAGCGAGACGACACCGCGGAGAGCAAGUCAAGGGGCUGCUCUCAGCGCUCAACAGAGAGGCGCGGCUGCAGCACGAGGAGGAGCUAAGACAGCCGCAGCAGCAGCAAACUGGCUGCUGCUGCAGUCUGCAGCCGCCUCCGUCAGCAGCUGCAGCAGCAGCAAACUGGUUGCUGCUGCAGUCAGCUGCUGCCUCCGUUAGCAGCUGCAGCAGCAGAAGCAGCUGCUGCAGCAUUGCUCAAUAA